GGUUGAUGUAAGUGAUGGUGAACCUGUGAGGUAGUUGACGGUCGCUGGAGGAUCGAUCGUGGUGUUAACACCCACCUACCUGGUUUUCAUCACUAACUACAUGUUUAACACCACCUGUCACUCGUCAUGUCAUCCAAGAACGUUGUUGUGACGCUGGAACUCGGCCACAGAGCAACUGUGCGACAGCAGCGAGGAAACGAAGUCUUCACACAUGACUGGGAAGUGUUCGUUCAAGGGGCCAAUGGGUCUCGUGUUGAGGCUUUCAUAGAAAAGAUUGUAUUUACUCUUCAUAAGAGUUUUGCAAAACCUAAAAGAGUUGUCAAGAUUCCACCAUAUAAAGUGUGUGAGAAAGGAUAUGGCAGCUUCACCCUUCCUAUUGAGAUCUACUUCAAGACCAAUCACCCUGAUGAUACUCGCAAAGCCCAGUUUGAGUAUGAUUUGUUCCUGCAACACGUUGAAUGUCCACCGAUCAAUCACCAACGGAAGGAAAAGCUCACUUUCCUCAAACCUUCAGAUGACUUUAAACGGAAACUGCUACAAGGUGGUGGGAUUAUUGUGAUGGGUCAAGAGGACAACAGCCAGGGGGAUAAGGCAGCUGUCUCCCGACCCUCCAGCGGAGCUAAGAUCAAACCUCAUGCUGCCCCACAGCACCAACCAGAGACUGCCAAAAAGCACAAACAUCAAACCGUUAAGGAGCCAAAAGCAAAACCAGAAUCCAAGGUGGCAGACCAAUUCUCAGCUUUAUUUGGUGAACCCAUUAAAAAAAUUACUGAUCAGAAAAAAACAAAUAAAGAGAAACUUCCUAAGGAAAAGGAAAAAGUGCCUAAUAAAGUUAAUGAGAAGUACAAAGACAAAACUACAGCAUCUAAAUCCAAUGAUAAGAAACCCAAAGACAAACACAAAAGUGAGAAAAGUUCAUCGUCUUCCUCAAGUGCUACAAACUUGGCUUCUACCAGUAGUUCUGAAGUCAAGGAUGAGAAACGGGACAAGGUGAAGGAGAAGAGUCACAAAGACAAGCAUAAAAAAGACAGAGAUAAAGAUAGAGACAAACACAAAAAAGACAAAGACAGAGACAAAGACAGUAAGAAACAGAGAGAAAAGGAAGCAACCAAGCGCACUUCAUCACCAUCGUCCAAACGUUCUGUUUCCCCGGCAUCAAAACGUUCAUCAUCGCCUGCUUCUAAACGGUCGUUAUCUCCCUCGUCUAAACGAUCACUAUCGCCUGCCAGUAGUAUAAAAUCAGACUCUAGUGCAAAGAGGAAAAAAUGCGAAACAGAAAGUACAAAAGUAAGCAUUGAGAAAACUGUAGAAGAAAUAAAAGAAAAGAAAAAAGAUAAAAAGAAAGAUAAGAAAGAAAAACGAAGAGACAAGGAAGAUGCGGCAUCUGUGGAGGUUGAGAGAGAGAAGCCUGUGGAGAAAGUGGCAGUCAAGACUGAGAAUGCCACUAAAAUGGCUGCACCCAUUACGAAAGAUGUGAUUCCUGUCAAAAGUGGAGAAAGAAGUCCCAUCAAGGAAAGAGUUAAAGUAGAACACAAAGCAAAGAAGGUUGUGCACAAGGAACCUGUUAAGGAGGAGCCUGUGCCUGUUGCUCCUCAAGUUACAGUUAAGGAAAAGAAGGUAAAGGAAAAGCCUGUGCAUGUCCCUCUACUGGCACCGCCCAGAUCAAGAUCUUCAUCAAAAUCAUCAUCGCGUAGUCAUUCACCCUCACUCUCUGUCUCCAGGUCUCCUUCACCUCCAUGUUCACGAUCAUCCUCAAAAUCUUCUAGGUCAAGGAGCCCUCCAUCUCCAGCAUCAGUAGGACGAGAAUCACCGUGCCGAUCACGCUCUGCAUCUCGAUCACCCGUUCGUUCCAAAUCCCGAUCGCAUUCCAAAUCAAGUUCUGGAUCUCGAAGAUCAGUUUCAAGAUCUCCAUCUGUAUCAAGAUCAAAAUCUAGGUCACCUUCCAGAUCACCUUCUCACUCCAGAUCACCUUCUAGAUCACGAUCCAGAUCAGUUUCUGAUAGCAGAUCACAGUCCAGCUCUAAGUCACGAUCACCCUCCAGGUCACCAACUGGGUCACCCAGCAGCAGUUCCAGUGGAAGUUCACCAUCACGUAUGUCAGUGGCAGAGGGUCAAUCUCAGGUUCCUGCCACACGUACUGGGCCUCCACGACCUCCACUUGCAACUGGAACAGAUUCUAGAGUUACAAAUAACCCUCUAAGCAUUAUGAUGGAGGAUGUUAGUAGCUCUUCCAGUGAGAGUGAGGAAAGAGGGAGUGCUGAUAGCAAAGGACAGAUAAAGGUGCCCCUGCGGUCUCCUUCAGAUGCCAGUCGAUCAUCACAUUCUGCAGCUGGUCAGCAAGUAUCGACAACACCUCGGCAGAUUGUGAAGGAGCCAAUUAUGUCAAGUGAUGAUGAAGUACCGCCUGUUAAAGAUAAUUCACGAAUUAGUGGCAAGAGAGAGCAGAUCACACGAAGACCUCCACAGAGAGAGAAGAGGAAACGACGUUCACAGCAGGACACCAGCCCCUCCACAACCAAUGUGCCAGCAUCCUCACCCAAGGAGAUUACAAAACCACUAAAAGAAGAAGUCAAACAGGAAGAGACAAAAGGAAUAAAAGAGGAGUCAUCGGCAGCAUCCCGGUUAACCCCCGAGUACCUUAAGGAACUAGUUGAGCUGCAACACAAAAUCAUGAAUUCUGUCGAUCGUCAGCAGCUGCAGCAGGUUGUAGACAUCAUAGCAGAACACAGCAGUUUCCAGCUCACUCAUGCACAUUUCAACUUUGAUCUGUGCUCUCUUGAUGCUCAAGUUGUGAAGCAACUCCAGGGAUGCUUCUCAUAGUCAUUAAUCAAACCAUGGAUGAUCAUUUUCCAUGGACAAAACUCUUUGUAUAUUUUUUUUUUCCAAAUCCUUGGGCUGUUCAAAUCCUAGUGAUAGCAACUGUACAGAUAACUGUUUAUACUGUUGCAGAAGUUGAGUAGAAUGAUGGUGAAAGUAUAAGCAGGAAGGCUUGCUUAAUAUUUACCUGUGACACUUGGCCCAUCUACGUAUAGUCUGUGAUCUCGGCCCUCUCCUAGUGCAACCCCCUGUACAAGAAGGAUAAAAGUCACAAUACCGUAGCUGGAACAGUUCACAGUUAAACCAGUUUGAAGAGGAAACUUCAGGAUGACAUUUUAACACAUCCUAGAUCAAAUUAUCAAGUCAUAACCUGCAGACAGUUCGGGAUGGACCAAACCAUCAUCUUAAAGUUUCCUUUCCAAACUGGGUUAGUUGUGAAAAUUUUUGUAAAGUUAUUUAUGGUUUCCUGCCUUGUUGCCAGUGUUGCAUGACUUGUGUCUUUUAUCUAGCCUCUCUUUCUUUAUUGUUAACAUUUUUUAUGAAAAUAUGAGUCUGUUUAUAAGACGUUUUAACACGGUUGCUGUUUUGGUCAUUGGACCCUAAUCUUUUGUUGAAAAAAAACGCUGUCUAAUAAUUACUGUUCCUAAAUUUUUCUCCACUAUUGAUUUGAAAUCAAAAUCUUAGUCAUUACAUUGCUUCUUUAAAUAAAUGAAUUAAUAAAAUUCAUUGUGACAAACUUUAAUGUAUCAACUUUACUGUGUGCAAUUUUUCCUUUGGCUGCAACUUUUUUUUUUUUUUAAUCAGCAAAAGGAAUUUCUAAAUAGUCAUGGUUAUUGAUACACAAACGUAUCAACUUAACUGUGAUUGAUCUUUGGCCUGCAAUGGAUGUCUGUAUUUAUUUAAUUAUACUUGGAAAUUACCCUUGAAUCUCAAGAGUUUUAUAUUGUUUUCCUGCGAGAACUAACUUAAAUCAUCGUGUUUUGUAUAUUUGUAUAAUAAUUUAUAUAGUAUGUAUAACUUGUGUUUGUAACUGUUUUUCUUUAACUUGUUAUUGUUGCUGCAAGACUUGUGUUGAAUGUUGUGUAUGUGGAACACACACACACACACACACACACACACAAUACCUGUGUGAAUGUAUGUUUGUUGUUUGAAGGUAGAGAAGAUUGUGAAAAUGAUGACAGCAAACCUUUGUGGUGACAACUGUACAUUUCAAGGAUAAAUAAAAUGUAUUUUCUCAUUUUGUCAAUUUUUUUUUGAUAACCAUGCCGCCUGCUGAGCAGUUUUGGUUAGUGACAACAAAAAUGUUUGAUAAUAUUUUAAGAUAAAACUCAACUAAAAUCA